AUGCUCGCAAUCCGUCCAUCAUCCAAGCAAUCUUCUUCAAAACCCGCGAAAAAAUACACUCCAAAUCUCAUCCCCUGUCGCAUAAAUCAUACCGCGCCAAUUAAGGUUGAGAAGAGAUAUUGGGAUCCAAGACUCACGAAGAAUGGGAAAGGGAAAGAAGAAUUAGUGUCAUAUUUCAGGGGCAGAAGAUUGGUUGGCAGAAAGGUCAAGGUUCCGGAAGGAUGGAGAGGGGUUGUGUUGAAGGUGGGAAAGGAGAUUAUGCCACAGGAGUCUAGUGCAGAGGAGGGAAGAGGAGAGGAUGAGGAUGAGGAUGGAGACGAAGUGGAAGAGAAAGAAAUCGAAACGAAGAUAGUUGAUGAGGAAGGCACUUUUGAUACCUUGACGGUUUGGGGGCAUGAGUGCUUGGUUGAUGCGAGUGGAGAUAUGGUCGUUAGAGGAAUGGAAGAGUGGAUGGGUUGGGCGAGUGCAAUUCAUGACUGUGAUGACGAAACCAACAAGAAGGACGAAAGUUUGGAUUAA